AUGACGCUCGCAGGGGGCUGUGCGGCGAGCCCUGCAUCAGCUGCAGCUCCUUUGGCCGCGGCGGCGCGCGUGCCGCGCAGCCCCAGCGGCGGCGCCGCCGCCGGCACCAGCGGGCGCCCGCCGCUGGGCGGCAGGUUUCUGCCGUCCAGCCGCGGGCUGUGGGCAGCAGCAGCGGGACCCGUGGGCAGCAGGCACAGGCGGCAGGGCACGCUGCCAGCCGUGGCAGCCUCAGCCGGCGAGCAGUGGCCUCCAGUCGGGCCGCCGCCGGGCAGCACCGUUAGCCUGCACACCGCGGUGGCGCCUGUGGUGCAGCCGGCAGCAGAGCCUGCGCCGCGGUAUGCGCCCAGCGAGCACGCCCCCUUCGCACCGCCCAUGCCACCCUCGGCCCCGCUGUACAGCGGCUGGCCUGCAGAUGGCCGCUCCGGCGGGCAAACCGAGGCGCCGCCGGCCGUGGCUGCGGCUGCGGCUGCGGCUGCGGCUGCGGCUGCCAGCGGGCAGGUCAGCGUGCAGGGUACGGUGCAGAAGGUGACGUACCGCUCAGCAGACACAGCAUACACCGUGCUGCGCCUGCAACUGACAGCAGCCGCCCUGCCACCCGCGGCAGCGGACGCGGCGGCGGAUGGCGCGGCGGCCGCCGCGGCGGCACCGCCUGCGGCGGGGGCCGCCCCCAAGCUCGCCCGCGGCAAGAAACGCGUCAUCACAGUGGCGGUGGGGCAGUCCGUGCUGCUGCGCGGCGCCUGGGUGCACCACCGGCAGUACGGGGAGCAGCUGCGGGCCACAGACCUGUCUGAGCUGAGGCCGGCCAGCGACAGCGAGAUGGUGGCGUACCUGGGGGGCGGCGCCAUCCCGGGGGUGGGCCCCGUCACCGCGCAGCGCCUGGUGGACAAGUGGGGCGCCGACAUCGAGGCCAAGCUGAACAGCCGCUCCGCGGCGCGCUACCUGGAGCAGUGCGACGGCAUCGGGGCGGGCAAGGCGGAGAAGAUCAAGCAGGCCUGGGACGCAACCAAGGGCACCCGCGACGGCGUGCGCUUCCUGAAGGAGCACGGCAUCCCGCUGCCGCUGGCGCAGCGCAUCGCGGAGCGCUACGGGCCGCAGACGGUGCGGCGGGUGGCGGGAGACCCGUACGCCGCGCUGGCAGGCUUCGGGCUGCCCUUCAGCAAGGUGGACCUUCUGGCAGCCAAGGUGGGCGCCCCUCCCGACCUGGUCAGCCGCGCCGCCAUGGCCGCGCAGCAGUGCCUGUCUGCUGCGGCGGCGGAGGAGGGCCACGCCUACCUGCCCUGGCACCGCCUGGAGCAGCUGUGCGGUGGCCUGCUGCGGGAGGUGGGGCUGCAGCACGCGCGGCCCUGGCGCCACCCCCAGGCAUUGCACCUGGUGGCACAGCACAUGCACGCCGCCGGCGCGCUGGUGGCCGAGUCGGCGGCGGAGGCCGAGGCGGCGGCGGCGAGCGAGGCGGCGGCGGGCACGGCCGCGCUGGGCCCAGGCGAGGCGGAGGCGGCUGCUGCAGAGCUGCCUGCCGCAUGCUCGGCAGCGGUCGACGGGGCAGGGGAGGCGGCGGGAGGAGCGGCGGGAGGAGCGGGAGGAGCGGCGGAGGCGACGGCGGGCGCCGCGCGGCAGCACCCCGCCUUUGAGGGCGUCGCGGAGCUGCGGGCGUACCUGAGCGGCAAGCUGCCAGGCGUGUCUGCCGCGCUGGUCGACUCGCUGCUGGCGGGAUACGGCGAGGGGGUGCUGGCGGUACUGGACGGAGAGUAUCCGGAAGCUGUGAAGCAGCUGUGCAAGUGCCGCAAGGUGGGGCCCAAGACCGCCGACAGGAUCAAGCUGGCCUGGGACGGCGCCCACGGCGGCGGCGGCGGCGGCGGCGCGGGCGCCGCCGGCGACGCCUCCCGCGGCGCCCCCGUCGGCCUGACGAUGCAGCAACUGCUGGAGGCGCCGCCCGACGUGGGGUUUGCCUGGGGCCCCUCCACGCGCUGUUUCUCCCCGCACCUGCACGCCGCGGAGCAGGCGGUGGCGCAGCGCAGCCUGCAGCGAGCCGCCGCCUACAAGCCCGCCACCCCCCGCCAGCUCAGCCGCGUGCGCAAGUGGGUGGCCGCCAACCAGAGCGCCACAGAGGUGCAGCUGAAUGAGGGGCAGGUGCGGGUGAUCGAGGUGGCUUCCGACGCGCCGCUGGCGGUGGUGACGGGGGGCCCCGGCUGCGGCAAGACCACCGCCGUGCAGACCAUCGUCAAGCUGUGGUGCGCGCAGAAGAAGGUGGCGCGCGUCGCGGCACCCACAGGGCGGGCCGCGCAGCGCAUGGGCGAGAUCCAGGGCAUCGAGCCCUGCACCAUCCACCGCCUGCUGGGCUACCAGCCGCGGCGGCCGGGCGGUGGCGGCGGCGCUGGCGGCGCUGGCGCCGACCAGCUGGAUGCGGCGGCGGAGGAGGCCGGGCUGGGCACGCACGGCGUCUUCACCUACAACAGGCGUGUUGAGGGGCUGGGCCGGCUGCCGCUCAUGGGCAGGCUGUCGCUCAUGCCAUGCGCAAGCAGCGGACGCGUCUGGAACAACCCGCUGCCCGCGGAUGCGGUGCUGGUGGACGAGGCGUCGAUGCUGAGCCUGCCGCUGGCGGCGGCGCUGCUGGAUGCGCUGCGCCCGCGGUGCCAGCUGGUGCUGGUGGGGGACGUGGACCAGCUGCCACCCGUGGGCCCCGGCGCGGUGCUGCAGAGCCUGAUCGACGCGCGGCUGGCGCCUGUGGUGGACCUGCGGGAGAUCUUCCGCCAGGCAGCGCAGUCAGCCAUCAUCACCUCAGCGCUGGCGGUGCGGCGCGGCGAGGUGCCCAUGCUGCAGCUCGUGGAGCCGACCCAGGCGGCGCUGGAGGCGGCCACCAGCGACGCGCUGCUGGUGUCGGCUGCCGCGCCCGAGGGCCUGGCGGGCGCCGUGCGCGCCACGGUCAUCAGCCCCAUGCGCAAGGGCCCCGCCGGCACCACCACCCUGAACCCCAUGCUGCAAGCCCUGCUCAACCCGCCGUCCCGCGGCAAGGCCGAGCUCCCUCGCCACCCGCACGCGCACUCCGCCGCCGGGGGCGGCGACUCGGCGGCGGCGGCCGGUGGCGGUGGCGCCGGCGCCGGGUCUGAGGGCGGGCGCGUGUUCCGUGUGGGCGACCGUGUGAUACAGCAGGUCAACAACUACGAUAAAGAAGUGUUCAACGGGGACCAGGGGCGGAAGCCGGUGCACUCAGAGGGGGUGCCGGUGGGGUCGAUCCAGGAGGCGGGGUCGGAGGCGUUGACGGCGGCGCCGGGGGUGGUGGUCACGCCAGCGCCAGACACGGCAUACACCGCCAUCCUGUCCUCCGUCUCGUCGUACGACAGCACGCAGCCCUUGGCGGUGACGGUGGAGGCGGCGGCGCCGGCGAUGCCAGGCACGGAGCAGCCGGCGGUUUGGGUGGCGGGGCACCACGACCUGCGUGGGGCUGGGUGUCUUCAGUCUGACAAGGCGCAUUUUGCUGCGCUAGAUACUCAUGACAACAAGAAUGCACUGGAAAUGAUCAAUACUGGCGCCAGGGAAUGUAGAUUCUCGUAG